UUGCUUUCCAGAAAAUACUUUAAAGGCGCACAGUUUGAUGAGCGGGUUUCCGGAAAAGGGCUUGUGGCAGUAGUCACAGGUGCGAAUAGCGGUAUUGGUUUGGAAACUGUUCGGGGAUUGAAUUUAGCGAAAGUGAAGGUAUAUAUGCUUUGUCGAGAUGAAAACCGUGGAUCAGAAGCCAGGAUUAAAUUAGCC